UAUGCCUCCGAUCGCCUCAUCUCCCGAAUCCAGCGAACGCACUUUCGGGUUCCUGUUCGCUCACAGCAUUGGCAGCUGCGUUCCCUCAUAAGCGCCGAGAACAAACAUAACCUCUUCUACCCCGGUGGGGUCGGGAGCCGUCAAGUUCAGCGGCUCAACACUCUAGCCCGCAGUUGCGAAACGAUCAAGCACCUGACCUUUGCUCCACGGUGCCUAGUCGCCGAGAAUGGCUGGCUUUGCUGCGGGAGCGAGACGGGCGAGUUUGUGGCGAUUAGGCUCGAGGGAGAGGGAGGCCGUGCAAUAGAGAACCCCCAGAACCCUUCGUCUGGCUCGGAUUCUGAAGCCGGGCCGUCCAGUGAAGACUCCACAAUGUCGCCCGAGGAGGCUGCGCUCAACAUGCUUACGGCCGCCGCUCAGCAGUCGGCCAAGGUCACGGCAAAGAGCAUGAAGCUCGCCAAAGAGCGGGUCAACUGCAUCACUCUCUGGUUUCCUCCUCCCGGUGACCAGGGUUUGCCGGUUGACGGCCGCGCUUACUCGGAACCUGUUGCCGUUCUUGCCAACAAUGAUCGAACCGUGACGCUCGUCAGCCUCAAUGACUUUGAUCAAAAGGAGGUGACCGAGCCCCUGGAGGUCGUGCACUAUCCCGACUUUGUUAACAGAGCCGUCAUUUCGCCUGACGGGCGCCUGCUGAUCGCCAUCUUGGACGAUCCGUAUCUUUACGUCCAUCAGCGAGCUGGACCUUUCCCGGGCAAGUGGGAGCUCAAGCAGAGGAUCCUUCUCAAGAGCCAGAAGAAGGAUGACAAGACGGACAGCCGCGGAAGCUUCGCGGCGUCCUUCUCCACCUCCGGCAGCUACCUUGCCGUCGGAACUCAGCACGGCACCAUAUCCAUCUUCAACGCGACGCAGUUGACAGACGAGACGCUUGAUCCGCUCAUCACCACGUUCCAGUCGUCGCGGCCCAACAGCGGGCCGGGAGCCGUCCGAGACAUGGCGUUCUGCCCAGGGCCGUACGACCUUUUGGCGUGGACCGAGGAUCGCGGUCGCGUUGGCAUCGCCGACGUGCGCCACAACUUCAUGGUUCGGCAGAUUAUUGAUCUCAACAAAGAGUCCGAGUAUGAGCACAUCAACAUUUUUGACACCCAGACCAUCGACCCGCGACUGCUGGAGACCCGGAUGACGAGGGGAGAGGCCUUGAACCCGCCUCUCUCCGCGGCCAGUCUCUUCAAUUCGCAGAUGUUACACCAGCCGCUCACGCCAGCCGAGACGAGGGUUCUCGAAGCCAUCCAGACCGAACGGCGGCGUAGGGACAGACCAAACGGUCAAUUUGGCGAUGAACGGGGUAGUGGAGGAGCAACGGGAUGGAUAGGAGGAACCGGCGCCACGCCGACGGCAACGUCCUCGUUUACGACCCGGGCCCGUCAAAACACCAACCAGAUCCCCAACGAGCUGCUCAACGUGUACAGAGACCAUCGGGAACGGGCCCAGGAGCGCGUGCGCAACGCCCGUCAGCUUUUGCGCGAAAGCGGUCCUGGCGCCGGAACGCGGGCCGAGCAGCGUUGGAUCGAUCGCAUUAACGAGACGAUGGCAGCCUUGCGGGAUCAGCGUGAUAGACAGGACUCGUCGUAUCUCUCGGUUCUUGAGAUUCUCCAGGCUAGGGAACGGGCCUCGGGUGACAGCUCCUCCGCCGUGGACGAUCGCCCGUUCAUCCCGCCUGUUGUCAACCAAGCGGCCACCCGCUGGGAGGAGAGCACCAUUCGAGGGGUGUUGGCGCCGGACCAUGGUGUCUUUGAGGUUCCCCCCUCGCCUGACAACACGUCGGGCCUAUCUUGGAGCCAGGAUGGCACCGUACUCUUCAUUGGCGCUCAGAAUGGUAUCUACCAAUUGCGCGUCGACCUUGCCGCCAGGCAAUUUCACAACAGCAUCACGCUGCGAUAA